CCGCGGGCGGAAGUGCGAGAGGGCGCGGCUGAGGGAGCCGCUGGGUCUGGGGGCUCCGCCGGCUCCCCGGGGCGGGCGCGGUGAACCUCACCCUGCGGGGCGGGGCGGGGCGGGGCGGGGGGCGUCCCCGGUGGCCUGCCUGGGACCCGAGCGUCCCGGGGCGGGAGCGGUGGUCAGGGAGGGCUGCGUGAGGGCGGCGGCCCGCGGGGCUCCCCGGUCCGUGACGGAGCGGCCGCGGGGGCCGAGGACAAAGGCGCCGCCAUGUGUCGGGCAGAGGCGCGCCGGGGGCCGGAGCUGCGCGCGGCCGGAUGGCUGCACUUCCCGCGCCUGGCGCUGCGGCGGAGGCUGGGCCGGCUGAGCUGCGUGCCGCCCGCGCUGCGCUCCUGGCCGCUGGCGCUGCUGUGCUCGCUGCUGCCCGUCGGCGCCGGCUGGAGGCCCGUGAGCCGGGUGGCGCUGUACAAGUCGGUGCCGACGCGCCUGCUGUCGCGGGCCUGGGGCCGCCUGAACCGCGUGGAGCUGCCCCGCUGGCUGCGCCGGCCCGUGUACGGCCUGUACAUCUGGACCUUCGGCGUGGACAUGACCGAGGCGGCCGAGCAGGACCUGCGCCGCUACCGCAACCUCAGCGAGUUCUUCCGCCGCAGGCUCAAGCCGCAGGCCAGGCCCGUGUCGGGGCUGCACGGCGUGGUCAGCCCGGCCGACGGCAGGAUCCUGAGCUGCGGGCCGGUGCGCGACUGCGAGGUGGAGCAGGUCAAGGGCGUCACCUACUCGCUCGAGUCCUUCCUGGGCCCGCGCACGGCGCAGCCCCUCGCCCCCGCAGGUGGGUGCCCGGGGGGCCGCGGGGUCUCCCCGCCCGGGCUCAGCGCCCCUCCCGCAGCCGAGCCCGCGGGCUCCUUCCGGAACCAGCUGGUCACGCGUGACGGCAACGAGCUGUACCAGUGCGUCAUCUACCUGGCGCCCGGCGACUACCACUGCUUCCACUCGCCCACGGACUGGACGGUCGCCCACCGCCGCCACUUCCCAGGCUCCCUGAUGUCGGUGAGCCCGGGCAUGGCCCGCUGGAUCAAGGAGCUCUUCUGCCACAACGAGCGGGUGGUGCUGAGCGGGGCCUGGCAGCACGGCUUCUUCUCGCUCACGGCCGUGGGCGCCACCAACGUGGGCUCCAUCCGCAUCUACUUCGACCGGGACCUGCACACCAACAGCCCGCGCCACUGCCAGGGCUCCUACAACGACCUGAGCUUCGCGGGCGGCGCGGGCCGGGGCGGCGUGACCUUGUGCAAGGGCGACCACCUGGGCGAGUUCGACCUGGGCUCCACCGUGGUGCUCAUCUUCGAGGCCCCCCGCCACUUCAGCUUCCAGCUGCAGGCCGGCCAGAGGAUCCGCUUCGGGGAGGCGCUGGGCUCGCUCUAGGGCUGCCGCCCGGCCGACUAAAGCCGGGGUGGGCGCUGGCGGGGCCUGUGCCCACCGGGUGAGGGCGGGGCCCCGUCCGAGGACUUCACCGUGGCGGGCGGGACGCAGGCCGGCCCGGGGGUUUUGUACCUGCUGUAUAAACUGGAGGCCAGCGAGCGGGGUCUCAGCUGCUGAUUUGGGGGGACCGUCUUCCUGCCCUCACGGGACGAGGCCUCCGCGGCGCACGUCUGGGCUCUGCCAGCGUCCCCCGGACAGCAGCGAGGACGACUUGGACCGUUGUGAGCGCCUGGGAUCCCCAGAGCCAGACCUGGAGGGGCACCGUGGAUUUCUCCUGCAGAAGCCACUGGACUUUGCACAGUACUUUUGUAUGGAAAGGGCCAUUUAUUGCACUCUUCUGACAUUAAAGGCGGGUGGAUGAGC